AUGGAGUUCCCCGCAGAAGAUCGCGAUCACCAAGAGGGCUACUUGCUAAAGGACCAGUCCAAGGAACUCCACUACCACAAGGAGACGGAUGCCGUGAAGCAGGGGAUAGACAAUGCCAGACUCAAGGAGUGGGGAAACUGGCAGGGCUUCGAGGCUGUCGACAUUAUCCUCCCGGAGGACGUACCGGCCUACCUCAAGGAGCACAAGGACGCGGAGAUCACCCCAACGAGAUGGGUUGACAACAACAAGGCGCAACCUUGGGAAGACCCCCGGUACAAGUCGAGAAUAGUUGUCAGAGGAGACCUCGAGACUGGAGCAGAAGGUGCCCGCACUGACAGCCCUACAGCGUCUUCUAUGAUGUUCAACCUCCUCUUGAGCAUCACGGCCAACAAGCGAUGGCGACUACGAGGAGGCGACAUAACGGCCUCCUUCUUGCAAGGAGAUGUCAUCACCAGGACCUUGAUUCUACGACCACCGCCUGGAGGACUUCCCGGAGUACCCGAAGGAGCACUUCUACGGGCUAGGAAGCCCGUAUACGGAACCAAAGACGCUCCGAGAGGCUUUUGGAAACGUCUACACCGAGUUGCUCUGUCAAAGGGGCUACGCGCCAUACCGGGAGAGCACGCCGCCUACGUACUGCAGGACAAGCACCACGGACUCCAAGGGAUCGUCAUCGCUCAUGUGGAUGACUUGCUAUGGAGUGGCUCUGAGGCCAUGGACAAGGUCAUGGACGAGAUCAUCAAGGAGUUCAAGUUCGGCGCCUUGGAAUUCGGCGACAAGUUCGAUUACUGCGGACGGACCGUGGAGCAGGGCAAGGACGGCAUCACCAUCACGGUCCCCAACAAUGCGGCGAAACUAAGACCGAUACACCUCGGAGCCGAACGCCGACGACAAAAGGACCACUAUGUGACGGAGCAAGAACGCGCCCAACUCAGGAGCAUCGUGGGCAGCCUGAACUGGUUAGUGCGUGUAUGCCGGGUGGACAUCGCCUACGAAGUCCACCGCUUGCAGGCAGUGAUGCAAAAGGCGAUGGUGGAGGACCUCAUCAUGUGCAACCAGAUCCUGAACUAUGUGAAGAAGACGCCCAACAAGGGGAU